ACAUUCUGCGUACGCUUCGGAAGUUUGACAAUUCAGCACAGUUUAAUUUGCAGAACUCUCGAAGACUUUCAUUUUUAACAAAUUAUAAUAGUUCUGCAAGUAUACAUUGAAAAUGUCCGAAAAUAAUGAUACCUCUAACGAAUCGAACAGCCUUGGAAGCGAUUCAAUCCUACAAUCCUCGCGGUUGACCGGUGGCGGUGUAAAUCCUGUUCUACGUUCAGGGGUAUUGCGCCCCUCAGUGCUCGGUUCAUCAGUUUCGGGAGCAGCAGCAUUAGCCAAUAGCAAUAACAAUUCCCUUGGUAAUGCCAAUGCGUCUUCCAAUUCCACAGCCACAGUCAAUAAUGUGGACGGAGACGAAGAGGAUUCCGUGAGCAGUACAACCAAUCAUAAUCCUUUUAUGCGGGAACAGAAAGACGAUGAUGAGGAGGCAGAAAAUAAUGAAGCAAGUGCUGAUGAAGGUGCUGUUGGUGGCGACGCAGCAAAUGAUAGCGAAACAACAGAUGAUAAAAAAGCGGCAGACGAUGAUGAACCGGAUGAACGCACGGAUCCUUUAACAUUGUUGCGAAAAAAUGGAUUAGAAAGAGCAAAUCUUUUUGCUGCCGCCAAGAACUCUAUACCAUUGGUGGAAAAAUCCGGCUUUGUAUUUGGCCAAAAUGUGCAUGAACGCGUUGUAGGGGAAAAUGUCAACCCAGAGGGAGCAGCGAAAUCGGAAAAUGCAGACGCCGGUUGCUCUACUUCUGCUGAAUUGCUGUUCUCCAGUGUCAUACAAAAUGCGGCUAAAGCCGGUGAGAGUGACAAAGGUGCUGCACCAAAAGAUAAUGAAACAAAGACACUUACUGAUGUGGCGCGUGAGUACGAGGAGAGUCGGGCUCAGAAACGGAAAUAUGAAGAGGUAGAAACGUUCACGGGUGAAGAAAAUGAAAUUAAUAUUGUUGAUGUCAAUUGUAAGUUGUUUGCCUUCGUCAACAGCAACUGGGAGGAACGCGGACGUGGUAGUUUACGUUUGAAUGAUUCAAAAAACGAACAAGAGUGCUCACGUGUUGUUUUUCGAACAUCGGGUAACCUGCGUUUAUUGCUGAACACGAAAGUUUGGGCCGGCAUGGUUGCUCAACGUCCCAGCAACAAAUCACUACGCCUUACUGCCAUGGAUAAUACUGGCAAAAUCAAAAUCUUCUUAGUGAUGGGACGCCCUGCAGAUAUGUCAUUGUUGCAUAAAGAGCUGAUAAAACGAAUCGAACUGCGAAAAGCUUCGCAUCCGGAAGAAUGUCGAGCACCAGCUGAAACGAAAAACGGUGUCGAAUCCGGUGCUAAUCACGAGGAAGAGGCAAAAGAAGCAGAAGCUACAGCUGUACCGGAAAACGAAGAUUGUACGCAGCCAAGCCCAAAAAAAUCGCUUGCUACUGAGGGAGAAAAGUAAUACACCGAUUUUUUAAAGUAACAAUAAUACAAAUAAUAUAAAACUCAUAAGUUAUAAUUUGCAAAUGAAAAAUUAACAAAAUCUUCGAAAAUAAGAACGUUUGGAAAAGCAUGCAUGAAUUGCAUAGAACCUGUGAAUGCGAUCAAUAAUGAAUAUUCCAAUUUGGACUGAAAGUAGAAGCAAUUAUAAAAUGAAAAACACUACGGAAAAUUAGUACAGAUUUCUUUUUUAUUGUAUAAACAACAACGAAUAAUGAAACAAAGUAGAAUAUAUUAAAUCAAAAUCUUGAUAAAAUUACAAAAGAAAUACAAUUGUUUAUACAGAUUUAUGGGAUACUCCAUUUCGGUAGGCAGUACAUGGAAAAACAUUAUGAAGAAGCAUGUAAAUGUACAAGCGAUGGUGCUGUAAGGGAAUAAACCAUUGAUUUAAUUUUUUUUUUAAAUAUGCAUAAUUUUCCAAUAUAUAAUUAAAACGCUUACUCACAUUCAAAAAUUUAUAUAAAUUAAAUGAAAUCGCUUUUUUAUUGACAAAGUUUUCAUUUAUAAUAUCACAUUUUGUGUUUAUAGAUACCUAACUUAUUACCGCAAAAAACACCGCUAAUAACUUCAUAUCAUUUUAUACUAUGUGUAAGCACUUUAUGUGUAGGAUAUUUAAAUUGUUUUAGAAAGCCUACUGAAUUUCUAAAUACACAUUUUGUGUUUUAUAUGCAAAAACCUACAAUGUUUAUUUGUUUUUAAACAAUGAAUUGUAGUCUAAAUGAAAGUAAAGUUAAGAUGAAAUGAACAUUUGAAAAGAAGAGUAUCAAAGAUAAAAAUAAAUUUAGAUUUCUGUUCCUUGUACUACAUA